ACUACUUUCAAAAUCUGUGCUUGUAAGAUAGGACCGUUGUACAGAAUCUGGUAUUGUUGUUUAAAACCAAACAACUGUAGAAAAAUCACUUGUUCUUCAUGGUAUGGCAAAGGAUUCUUCCCCCCUCCCCCCCUCUUCAGCUAUGACAAAGCUAAACAAAGAUAUGCUAGGAAUAGAGAGGAAAAGUUGACCCCGGGUCUUCAUCUUGCAUCGGCUGCCGAAGCAGGAGCUAUUGUUUCCUUGUGCACAAAUCCUGUUUGGCUAGUGAAGACAAGAUUGCAGCUUCAGACUCCUCUUCAUCAGACACGACCAUACUCUGGGGUUUAUGAUGCAUUUAGGACCAUAAUGAGGGAAGAAGGAUUUAGUGCACUUUACCGAGGGCUUGUUCCUGGUCUAUUUCUGAUUUUAGUCACCCCUUCUGGAAUUCCUGUCUCCGCCCCUGCUCAUGGUGCUAUUCAGUUCACAGCAUACGAGGAGCUUCGUAAUAUUUUUGUUGAUUUGAAGAGUAGGGGAAGUACAGUACACCGUGAAACCCCUGAUCAACUGUUGAAUUCUGUUGAUUAUGCUGUUCUUGGAGCAUCAUCGAAAAUUGCUGCGAUACUUCUAAGCUAUCCAUUUCAGGUUAUACGGUCUCGAUUGCAGCAAAGACCUGGUGGUGAUGGGGUUCCAAGAUAUAUUGACAGUUUGCCCGUUAUGUGGCCGGGUGGAGGAAUCUUGUUCUCAUUUGCUCUUUACGUGCCCCGCUGCCUUGCUGAUAUGGUAUGAUGUUUAUGCCUGGUUGGGUGUGUCCACAGCUCAGAUUCCAGUUGGUGAGGUACACUUACUGCAAUUUGCCUCAAUUGGGAGUAAUAAAUCUCAAAAAUUAGGUGAAGUUGCAAUAUGGCUGACUGUAGUUUGGUCAUUAUGGUGUGUGCGUAAUAGAAUUGUUUUCAGUGGGGGUGAGCUACUUAAAGACCAAAUUCUGGAGCAGGUUCAGCUUAAAUCGUGGCAGUGGUUAACAGCUCGGCGGGUUGAAUUUUCCUACUCUUGGUUUGAGUGGAAAUCGAACCCACGAUUGUGCCUUCUGUCAUUGUGAGGUCUGAACUGUCAUGGUAAUGAGAUUGCUGUUUGUGAGGGGAGUAUUUGCGUUUCUGAUGUCACAGCAACAUGAGCAUUUGAUAUACUAAUGAUGCGUGGAAUACAUUUACACUUGUUGUUCAACUUUUAUUGAUAAUGUGGCAGUGGUAUAUGGCUCAAUGGACUCUUUGCGUGGGAGUAUAUUUUACAUGUGUUGCUAAGUUCAUAUUGAGGAUGGGACAAUGGUUUAUGGCUGAUUGGAUUCCAAGGAUAGUAUUAGGUGCACUGACGCUAUGGGACCUGAGGAUGUGGCUCUGUUCUGGAUCACCAUUAUUGUAUAUGGAUUUUAUUGUAAUUGACAUCUUGGGGCUUCGCUUUGGCUCUUACAAAUGUGUACUCUUUUUCCUUCACCAGGUUUUUCCCAAGGGGGUUUUCCUGGUAAGGCUUUAAUGAGGCACAUUUCUAAGAGCUUUCCCCAAGGUUGUUGGGUUUUUUAUUGUUGUAUCUUUGUAUCUCUUUCUCUUUGUAUUGGGUUGAAGUACCCCUUGUACUUCAUUUCAAUAUAAUUUUUGCCUUAUCAAAAAAAAAAAAUAUUGACAGUUGGCAUGCUGUGAAAGAAACUGCACGUCU